AUGCCUUCUGGGGACGCGAUGAUUCCCCGCGUGUGUCGCACCUUCAGCGAUGCAUUCGCGAGUGACGAGGCGACGGCGAAGGAGCAGGGGAAGAAGUACUGGAUCAGCCGGGUUCUGGGCUCCGGUGCGACGGGCACCGUGCUGUGUGCGAAGCGUAGGUCGGAUGGACAGUCAUUCGCCGUGAAGGUUGUGGAAAUGGAGGGCAUGUCGGAAGCCGACAAGAACCGCGCACAGGCGGAGGUACAGUGCCUGCUGAACUGCGACUUCUUCUCAAUCCUGAAGUGUCACGAGGACUUUGCAAAGAAGGACCCUGCGGACGAGGAGAAUGUUCUGAUGGUAGCACUGGUGCUUGACUACGCAAAUGCCGGGGACCUCCGCCAGGAGAUCAAGAACCGUGCCAAGGCGGCUCGAGCGUUUCGCGAGCACGAGGCGGGCCUUCUUUUUAUUCAGGUCCUGCUUGCAAUCCACCACGUGCACUCACGGCACAUGAUCCACCGCGACAUCAAGACAGCCAAUAUUCUUCUUUGCAGCAACGGGCUUGUGAAGCUCGGGGACUUUGGAUUCAGCAAAAUGUAUUCCGCC